UGCCCCGUCCCUGGAUGUGGUAGCACCUUUACGCGUCGUUUCAACCUGAGAGGUCACCUGCGGUCACACACGGAAGAGCGCCCGUAUGUCUGCGAAUGGCCCGGCUGUAACAAGGGCUUCGCUCGUCAGCAUGAUUGCAAGCGACAUCAAGCCCUCCACUCGUCACGGUCCACUUCAAACGUAUGUCACGGGUGCGGAAAGACAUUCAGUAGACUCGACGCUCUCAAC